AUGUUAUAUUACAAUAAAACAAAAUAUUUUCUUUUAUUAUUUUAUUUAUUCAAAUUAAUAAUUGGAGGUCCAGAUCAACGACGUUUAUUACAUUAUUUAUUUGAAGAAAAUAAAUAUGAUCCACUUGAACGACCUGUUUUUAAUGAUACAGCUACAUUAACAGUUACAAUGAGUUUAGCACUUCAGCAAAUUAUUGAUUUUGAUGAAAAAAAUGAAAUUCUUGUUAUUAGUGGUUGGUUAGUUCUUGUAUGGCAUGAUUAUAAUUUACAAUGGAAACCAGAAGAUUUUGGUGGUAUUCAGGCAAUACGUGUGCCUAGUGUACGUGUUUGGACACCAGAUAUUUAUCUUUACAAUAGUGCUGAUGAUAAUUUUGAAGGUACAAUGAAAACAAAUUUAGUUGUACAAUAUAAUGGUAGUAUACUUUUUGCUCCACCUGGUAUUUUGAAAUCAAUAUGUCCAUUUAAUAUUGCUUCAUUUCCAUUUGACGAACAAAAUUGUACUUUAAAAUUUGGUUCAUGGUCAUUUGAUGAAAGUGGUGUUAAUUUAACUUCUGAAGGUGAUCAAGGUCAAUCAGAUGCAUAUGUUAAAAAUGCUGAAUGGGAUUUAUUAAAUUUUACUGCAGUAAGAAAUGCAUUUGCUUAUGAAUGUUGUCCAACUGUAUAUCCAUUUGUUCUUUUUACUAUUCGCAUACGUCGACGUACACUUUAUUAUGUAGUAAAUAUUGUUGUACCAUGUGUUCUUAUUAGUUUUAUGACUAUACUUGGCUUUCUUCUUCCGCCAGAUAGUGGUGAAAAAUUAACAUUACAAAUAACAAUUCUUCUUUCCAUUGUUAUGUUUAGUUUAUUAAUCUCAGGCAUUAUACCAGCUAGUUCAACUGCAUUACCAACUAUUGUUAUGUAUUUUGCUACUGUUAUGUGUAUGUGUUCAAUGUCCGUUGUUGCUACUGUUUUGGUACUUGGUUUUCAUCAUCGUAAUGCUAAAAAUCAUACAAUGCCUAAUUGGAUUUCAGUAUAUAUUAAUCAGUAUUUGGCAUGGUUGUUAUGGAUGAAUCGUCCAGGUCAUGAUCUAACUUGGAGAGCAAUUCGUCGUCGACAUACUCGUUCAAUGGAACGACAAAAUAGUACAACAAGUAGUUAUAAAUGUCUUCCAACACCAUUACUAGCUGAUUCAUCAAAAUCUCUAUUAGCUAAUGUAACAUGUCUUAAUGAUCAACCAUAUACUAAUAAUACAAGUAAUACGUUACCAAUAACUGUAUUAAAUCAUGUUAUUCCACGUCAACAAGCUAAAUGUAAAAAUCCUAAUCAUCAUCAUGAACCUAAUGAUGUUUUACUUCCUCGUGAUAUGCGUGUAUUUCGUGCUGAAAUACGUACAAUUAUAUCCGAACUUCAAUUUCUUACAGGUCAUGUUAAACAAGAAGAUGAAGAGGAUGAUAUAUCAGAAGAUUGGAAAUUUUCAGCUAUGGUUAUUGAUCGUUUAUGUCUUGUUUUAUUUACGAUAAUGACAUCAAUAUUUAGUUAUAUUACACUUUUUUCUGCACCAAAUUUUUUUAAAUUAAGAUAA